AUGCCACGAAUUAUCUUAAAUUGCAACUUUACCGAUUCGCUCGUUAUAUUUUUUGAAAAUACGACUAAACUUUUUAACUUAAUAGAGAUAUCAAGAUCAGUGUACGCUUUGUCUUUACGUUACAAAGCAUAGGUAUUUACGUGACGAAAGCUAGGAAAAUCAUUAGUGUAAAAUUGAUUCGUUCGACCAGGAUUCGUACGAUGUGCACUGCCCGAACGAGUGGACGUAAUAAUUAAAAACGAAUCGAUCCCUUUUUUUGUAAAACGACAGUAUUUGUACGAGAUUUAAAAGAAAAAAAGAAAGGAAGAAAGGAAAAAGAAAGAAAGAAAGAAAGAAAGAAAGAAAUAUCGUUUUAUAUAAAUUUGGAUUUCUUUUUACCAAAAGUUUCGCGAUUGGGACCAACGUUCGCCUUGAGUGAUAUAUCCGUCUACCGUGAAAAGAUAAAGUAGAAAGAUAUAUAAAGUAUAUAAACGUAAAAGGAAGAAUAUAAGGUGGAAUAUCGGUAUCGAAAUAUAGACGGAGCGAAAGAUCGCGGUGAGGAACGUCGCGUUUGAACGAAUGAAAGUUAGCCACAGUCGGAUGAAAAUUCGUGGAUCCGUUGACACGAAUGAAAGGGAAGAAGAAGACAAAAGUGGAUGGUCGUUGAAAAGCGUCAAAGUCGAAGAAUGUGAUUGGCGUGGGGCGAAGGAGGAAGGGUGUAUGUUCCGGUGGAAAGUGGACGACGCGGUGCGAGGUUACCGGAUAAAAAGGGAAGCGGCGGCGGGGGAAGAGGAGGGGGAAAGGAGAAAAUGCCAGGGGGAACUUCGACGCGAGAAAGCAGCGAGGCGAUCCGGAUGGAGCCUUUGGGUAGAACCUCGAGUUCGCGAAGCCCCGGCCAAAACGGGACUGCCAACACCACCACCGAAGUCCCGAUAAAUUCAGGAGACAGUAACACAGGAUUGCACAAACGUAGUAUUUACGAGCAUAAUGGAAUUGUGUGUUCUCAAAAAAGGGCUCUCUGCAUAGCUACCGUUGUUUUUGCGAUCCUUUUCGCCAUAUCACUCAUCAUUGCCUUCGCGGGACCACAAAACGACUGCCCUUGCGCUGGAGAGAAGCCAGCCAUCGCGGAUAUCGAGGACGAUGAAAAAAGCAGCGAGCCUCUUGCGACUAAUGGAGAGGUAUUCCCUUGGAAUAACGUGAGAUUGCCUACGUUUGCGCAUCCUACCAGGUACAAUAUCACCAUCCAUCCAAAUCUUACAACGUUAGAGGUAAAAGGACAGGUCACGAUCGAAUUCUACGUCGAUAAAGAGAUCAACUAUAUCGUCUUCCAUAGUAAAAAUUUGACAAUAAACGAGAAAAUGGUUCAAGACCGUAAAGGGCACAGAUUAAAAAUUGCGAGAUUGCUGGAAUAUCCGAAACACCAACAAUUAUAUUUAGAACUGGAAGAGAGCAAAUUUCGAAAGAGAGGAAAUUACACGGUACAUUUGAGGUUCAUUUCGAAACUUACCAGCGAAUUGGAGGGAUUUUAUCUUAGCAGCUACGUUACCCCGGAAGGAGAAAAGAGGUACCUCGCAACAACCCAUUUCGAACCUACGUACGCACGCUCGGCAUUUCCAUGCUUCGACGAGCCGCAAUUCAAAGCUAAAUUCAAGGUUUCGAUAUUCAGAGACAGAUUUCACAUCGCGUUGUGCAACAUGCCUGUAAUGAACACCGAGGACGCGGGAUUUUACAUGGGCACGGGACUGCUUCGCGACGAUUUCCAAGAAUCCGUAGAGAUGUCCACGUACUUGGUGGCGUUCGUAGUGUGCGAUUUCAAACGAGUCUCCGAAUUAACGAGAAGAAAUAUUUCCGUGAGCGUUUACGCGUCAGAGGCGAUGCUUCCACAGGCGAGAUACGCGGUGACCACGGCCGCUCGUAUAAUGGAUUACUUCGAGUCUUUUUUCGGUGUGCAUUAUCCGUUGCCUAAACAAGAUCUAAUAGCCAUCCCCGAUUUCGCGACCGGGGCGAUGGAGAACUGGGGCCUGAUCACGUAUCGGGAGACGUCGAUACUUUACGAUCCGGAGGAGUCGUCGACCAACGUGCACGAAUGGAUCGGUACGAUCGUGGCACACGAAUUGGCCCAUCAAUGGUUCGGUAAUCUGGUCACUAUGAAGUGGUGGAACGACUUGUGGUUGAACGAGGGGGCGGCCAGUUUCUUCGAAUACAAGGGGGUGAAUCACAUUUCGCCCGAGUGGAGCAUGAUGGACAAGUUUAUUUUAGAGAAAACGCAAUCGGCUCUCGAUCUCGACGCGUUGGCCAGCAGUCAUCCUAUAAGCGUCCAGGUCAAAGAUCCGAACGAGAUCGAAGCGAUAUUCGACGAUAUCAGUUACAGUAAGGGUGCUUCCAUUCUAAACAUGCUUGAAGGCUUUUUAUGCGAAGACGUUCUCAAAAGCGGAUUGAACGAUUAUCUGAAUUCGCACGCGUAUGGAAAUGCAGAUACGAACGAUCUUUGGGCGGCCUUUACCAAACGUGCCAAUAAUACUUUUGACGUGAAAGCUAUUAUGGACACGUGGACACAGCAAAUGGGUUUCCCUCUGAUCACGAUUACGCGUAACGGGAAUACCAUCACGGCGACUCAGAAGAGAUUUCUAAUUUCUCCGAAAGAAAACGAUACGGAAUCGCAACGAACGAAAUCCUCGUUUGAUUACAAAUGGUAUAUUCCAUUGAGCUACUACACGGACAAAGAACCGCGCAAACUUCACAACGUGUGGAUGAAUUUAACGGACGUGACGUUCGAGAUACCUAGCGACGUGGAAUAUAUAAAAUGUAACGUGAAUCAAAGCGGAUUUUAUCGCGUAACUUAUCCGGAAGAGAUGUGGGCAUCGAUCAUCGCCACCUUGUUAAACGAUCACACCAAGUUUAGUCCGGCGGACCGUGCUAAUCUUAUCGACGACGCGUUCACGUUGUGCGAGGCAGGCGAGUUGAACGCCACCGUUCCUCUUCGAUUGUCUCUUUAUCUUCUGAACGGGGAUUACGCGCCGUGGACCACCGCCCUCGGAUAUCUACAUUCUUGGAAAGAAAGAUUGAGCGAGAGUCCUGGAUACAAAAGAUAUAUCGCGUUUUUUAAAAAAUUGUUGACUCCAGUUACCAAAUACGUCGGUUGGUCCGACGAGGGAUCUCAUUUGAAGAAAUUAUUGAGGAUCGCCGUACUUCAAUCGGCCGUGUCUAUAAAAUUGGAAGAUGUGGUAAAGCCAGCGAAAUCCCUUUUCGAAGAUUGGAUGUUGAAAGGUAAACGGAUAGCGCCCAAUAUACGGAACGUGGUGUACGUUGCGGGAAUCAAGUUUGGCGGUGAAAAGGAAUGGAAUCAUUGUUGGGAAAAUUAUCAAGAGACUCAAGUAUCGAGCGAGAAACUGAUAAUGUUGGAAGCGUUGGGGGCGAGCACGGAUUCUUGGUUGCUGCAACGUUAUCUCUUACGAUCGUUAGACCGUGAAAUGGUGAAAUCGCAAGACAUGGAAACCGUUAUAAUUUCCGUCGCCUCCAAUUCCGACGGUCAAUUUCUCGCGUGGCGUCAUCUUAAAGCGUAUUGGCCUCAGAUACACGAUUUACUUGGCAAUGGAUCGUUGAGCGGACUUAUAUCCGUCGUGAUUUCCAACUUUUUCACGGAAUACGACUACCACGAGGUUUCGGAAUUCUUUAAAAAAGUGGAUGUCGGAAGCGGUCAACGAGCAUUGGAACAAAGUCUAGAAACGAUCAAGUUCAAUAUUCAUUGGGUAAAAGAGAAUGCGGAUAUCGUUGACCGAUGGCUGGUGAAUUAUUUGGACGUUCACACGAGUUAACCCUUUGUUUAUCGGGAAUGGGAGAGGAACGAUGCGAAAUUAUCAUCCGUAACGAUAUUUGCGCUUUUCGCGAUACGCAUCGACGCGCGAUGCCUCGCCGUGAUACGAUAUCUAUGGAAAAGUAAGAUGUAUUUGUUCGGCGAGAUAAUCGAAUCGUUUAUUUACGUUAAUUAGUUAGGUGUAUCAGUACACGCAUAUAAUUCGCAGAUCAAAAAAAAUGUCAUCCAUUUCCGUCACACGCGUCCAAAGAUUAUUUUCGCCGGUUAACGGACGAUCGUUCGUCCAAAGUUUAAUACCCUUGGAAAACAAUCUUUCGACGGAUCGAAACGAAGCCGAAUUGUUUACCUAUAGUGUAUAGUAAAAAAAAAAAAGAAAAAAGAAAACGCAUUAUACACCGAUUUAUACGCACUUUCGAAAGUACUUAUUUACUAUACACGCGGUGCGCGAAGAUUGGAUUUAUUAUAGGUAUAUGUAUAAAAGAGAAAGAUUAUAGCGAGAAAAGGGGCAACGUUGUUCCUAGGGUAGUCGGUAACCCAACGUUUUCCGGGAAGAAAGGGGCUAACGACCUACGCCUAUUUAACGUUGAUUAGUGACACUUUAGUCUCCCAAAAUACCUACGUACUUAUUUGUACUUUACAUUACGGGAAGCGAGCCGAGUCAUCUCCAUCCCGAGUGAUACCCAACCUCCUCCCCCCCUCUCUCUCUUCCCGAUCCAUCCAGUGCAGCGAUUCAACCACACGAAUGGUAACAAAAUUUCAGGAGAAACGCUAUUUAUGUAUUUUAUCGAAUCGAGAUCGUGUAGCCGUAAUACUAUCGGUAAUAUGGAAUAAUAUUUUGGCCUGUGCUAGUGUACGUGUGUGUGUGUGUGUGUGUAUGUAUGUACGUACGUAAGAUUUUUAUUCGAUUAACAUUUAUCGUACGUGGUACGUAUAAUUACGGAUAAAUUCCGAAUUGAGGACAAUUUACGUUCUGUCCAAAGUCCGAGUAUAUCUGUUUGUAACGAUACGUUUGCUCGAUUCGCGAUAUGGAUAUUUUUAAAAUUUCCAAUUACCAGACGAAACAAAUUGAAGUCGAAGAAGAAACGAUCGCCUCGCCAAUUGUACGAUUCUUCGAAUGAUCUUAUCGAUUAUGAAACAAAUAUCCGUUCGCGUUUUCUCGCUCGAUUACACGGAAUACAAUUUGUCUAAAUAGCGUAUGCAAGUAAGUAAUAACGUACUACGUACUUCGUUGUUUUGAUUUUUUUUUUUUUUUUGAGAAUUUUGUUCGUUCAAAGAUAAAUUUAGAAAUUUGGUCUUGAUUCGGGCUUCGUCCGUAAUGCGGCGUACAAGUUACAAAGUUACCAAAUAUUUAUUACGCGAUUAUUAUUUUACCGAUAUAAACAUUUUUGUAGCGAUAAAUGUCAAUUGUACAGUUACCAAAAAUCAACGUUUUACAUUAUACGUAAUAUAAUGGACGACGACGAAAAAUCUCCUACUUCGAGGAAUUUUGGCUACUCCUCGCGUCGAAAUAUGUUGUAAAUAAAAGAUCAAGGCGAACGACGGAAAUUUCAUUGGGUAAAUGAAACGGAAGAUUGUGGAAACAAUCGGUUAAAUAUAAGUAGCAUAUCAACGUGUCGAAGAAGAUUUAUAAUCGGCCAAGUCUUUGUCAAGCAGAAAUUCUAGUUUCGUGAAAACGGUAAAUCGACGAAGAAGAUUUAUUUGGCCCCGAAAUAAAAAGAACGUGUUAUGAGAGGAUUAUGAGAAUUGAGAAAUCCUUGGUAAUAACUGCGAAAAAUCGAUGUGUCGUGUAUUUGUAUAUGUAAGAAACGGAACGUUGAAUGCGCGGAAUUAUAUAUCUCGCGUGGAGCUGAUCAUUCUCCGUAUGAAGUAGCAUAAUAGAGAAUCGGAUAUUUUAUUAUGAAAAAGUGUAUGUAAAUUUAUGUAUGUAAUCUUGUGAUGCUUUGUAUGGUAUGUACAUAUUAGCGUAUAAGGAGGAAUUGUGUGCUCUGUGUGUGAUCCGGGUGUAUCGAAAAAGGUAUCUAGAUGCAUAAAAAAUAUGUUGAAUGCCAACAAUUUCUGCUGGCCUUUAUAAAGAAAGAAAGAAAGGAAGGAAGGAAGGAAGGAUAAAAGAAUAUUCGUGCGAUUUUGGAUUCUUUGAUCUUGAAAUGCUAAUAACGACCUUGAAUUUGCAUCGAUCUAUCGUUAGAUAUAUCCCAGUAUUUCCUACGUUCUUCUAAUUGUUAUCUAUCGACAAUAAACGUUAAAUACGAGACGAUGUAAGCAGGGAAAUGUUGGGGAGGGGGGAAGAGGGAAGAAAAGGAUUCCGUUUAUUCCGUUUCGUUUCUAAUCGAAUUAACCACUACUUAGCAUUUCAAGAUUAAAUCUGAAGCGAAAAAUCUAAAUAAUUAAUUGUACGAUGUUAAAUGUAGAGGGAAUAUUCGAUGAGGUGUCGUAUGUAUGAUACGUAUAGUACGAGUACAAGUAGAUUACACGCGAAACAAAUUAUUAGAAUGAUCGGAAAGAAAAAAAAGAAAGAAAGAAAGAAAGAAAGAAAGAGAGAGAGAACUCGAGACACCUUGUAUACGUUUGAAUUUUAUCGGAGAGAAACUAUUUUCUAUGCGUCUCUUACCUUCCACUGUCCGUAUCCAGUGGUCGAUCGAAUAUUGAAUCGUGCGUGUUCUCAUCACUCUCGUUAAACAAUCAAGCACUCGUUAUCCAAAAGAGAAAAAUUCACGUUAUAAUUAGUUGUUUCACGCGCUAGAGCACAUAAUGAUAGAACACGAUUGAUCUCUACCCGUAAAAUGUAUCGAAAAAACUGCCGACGAUGCUUGCAAUUCCCCGCGGACAAAAAAAUACCAUUUUUUUCGAGGUUUAUGCCAUUUUUUUACAUAUUUUCGAUCAGAGUACAAUUACUUCGAAUCCCGACGAGUAACGAUAUUUCUUCUCUAAGUAAUAUCGUCCAUUUUUAUCGGAUUAGGAUUUUCCGGCCGGAAUUAUUAUACGCGCAUGUUUACAUUUAGAAGAAGAAGAAGAAGAAGAAGAAGAA